GGACUUUACAUUGCUUACGCUGUCAUUUUCGGUCACAUUAGCUAGAGAACGCAUCAUUCAUUAACUCACUGGAAGGAAAAGCGAUUUGUUCAGAACUAACCCGCCGGAUAAACAGCAUUUAGUGUUGCUUGAUCCUCUGAGAGAUUAUGCCAAGCCAUGACUUACCAGCUAUGUCCGUGGCCCCUGAUGGCGGAUGGGGUUGGGUAGUGACAUUUUCUUCCUUCAUGAUCAGUGUCCUGGUGGAUGGGAUAUGUCUCAGCGUCGGAGUUUUCCUUAACGACUUAAUCAUUGAGUUUGGAGGCACCAAUUCAGAGACAUCUUGGGUUAUGUCCGUCCUGAAUGGAAGUUACUUGGUCGUCGGACCAGUUGUCAGCGGUUGUGCAAACAAAUUUGGAUGCCGUGCUACGACGAUUGCUGGAGCUGUCUUUUGUGCCAUAGCCAUAUUUUGCAGUGGAUACUCCAAUAGUCUGGGAGUCCUAAUUCUCAGCUUUGGUGUAUUUGGUGGAAUUGGUCUUGGAUUCAUGUACUUGCCUGCAAUUGUCAUGGUUGGUUACUAUUUUGAUAAGAGAAGAGCAUUAGCAACAGGUAUUGCAGUCUGCGGAUCUGGAAUUGGUAACUUUGUAUUUGCUCCCAUUGCUGAGCUCUUGUUGAAGGAAUAUGGCUGGCGAGGUUCAAUGAUGAUCACAUCAGCUCUCAUGUUAAACGGAAUAAUAUUCGGAAGCUUCUACCGUCCAUUAAAACCUCCUAAAGACAAAGAUCUCCCUUCAAUACCUUGCCAAGCUACUGACAAUGAAAUUAAAGAUCCUAUUAUAAGACAAGAUGAUAAACACAAACAGUCGAACCUUCGAAUGAAAUUUAAAAGGAUACAUGACAUAGAACAAGAAAAUUACCAUGCAAUUUCGAGAAGACAUAGAUCACUAGAUAUUACUGGUACUGGAAGAACUUUUCUUCCUGGUGUUCCUAAUGUAAGUAACAACCAAGAACAAUCUAAGAUUGCCCGAAUGGCUGCUAGCCAUGAUAUCUUGCCAACACAUUUAACUUCAAAAACUCCAGUAAGACCUACAGUGUCGCCAUUUUACCGUAAAGAUGUCCUCUACAGUGGCAGUCUUUUACGUCUCUCUGAAAAGAUGGAAUCAGCAAAUAUGGAUGAAUUCAUAUCAAGCAUGGUUGUGAUUCCUUCAAAUGAAGAUGGUAAUAAAAAAAGUUGGAUGGAAAAGAUUGGAAAAGCUUUUAAGAAAUACAAGGAGUUGAAACCAACUUUUUUUCUGUAUAGUUUUGCGUGUUUUCUUCUUAUGCUAGGUUUCUUUAUUCCUUACACAUACUUACCAUCUGUGGGACUAAGGUUGAAUUUUUCCAGAAGUGAGUCCGCAUUACUCUUAUCCAUCAUUGGAAUAUCAAACACAAUUUUUCGCAUUAUCAUUGGAUGGGUUAGCGAUCAGAAAUGGUCAAACUGUUUCAUCAUUAACUACAUGUCUUUGCUAGUUUCUGGCAUUGCAACAGCAUUUGUACCUAUAUUUACCAAUUAUCCUCUUCUAGUUUCAUAUUGUGUUGUCUAUGGCAUAUGUAUUGCUGCUUUUAUUUCUCUUCGUUCGAUAAUAAUGGUUGAACUUUUGGGUGUUGAAAAUUUAACACUUGCAUUUGGCUUAAUUAUAAUGGCUCAAGGUAUAUCAUCAUUUUUUGGAAGCCCUAUAGCAGGUUGGUUAUCAGAUAUGACAGGAAAUUUUGAUGCAGCCUUUUAUAUGGGUGGAGCUGCAUUAGCCGUUUCUGGAAUUCUUUGUGUUCCCUUGGAAAGGGUUUCAAAAUGGGAGAGAAGACGAGAAGCUUUAAAAUCCAAAACAAUUGUGGAAGUCAAGGAACUGCAACCAAUGAUUAAUAAUUCAUUGAAUACGCAAUAAUUUUCCCCCGGCAGUGACCUACUUUAUAUGACCAUAUAAAGGCACAGUGUUGUAAUUGUUUUGUAAACCAA